UUCCGACUCUUCGAGACCCUCCCUCUUUAUCCAUUCUCCCUACACACAAAAAUAUCUUAAUCGCUUCUCUUCUGCUCAAUAUUUGUCAAAUCGUCACCGGAAUCCGGCGGUCGGAAACCUAACCGGAGUUUUCUGUGAAAAUGUCGGGAAAGGGAGCAAAAGGUCUGAUAAUGGGGAAAGCAUCUUCCUCUGCUUUAAAUGGAUCAAACAACAAAGAUAAAGACAAGAAGAAAUCCAUCUCUCGCUCAUCUCGCGCCGGUCUCCAGUUUCCAGUUGGUCGAGUUCACCGUCUUUUGAAAACGAGGGUUUCUGCUAGUGGAAGAGUUGGAGCAACUGCUGCAGUAUACACAGCAGCUAUAUUGGAGUAUUUGACAGCAGAAGUGCUUGAAUUGGCCGGAAAUGCAAGCAAAGAUUUGAAGGUAAAACGUAUAACUCCAAGGCAUUUACAACUUGCUAUUAGAGGUGAUGAAGAAUUGGAUACUCUCAUAAAAGGUACUAUUGCUGGUGGUGGUGUUAUUCCUCACAUUCACAAGUCUCUUAUCAACAAAUCUUCUAAAGAGUAGAAGGGUGUUUUUACUUGUUUUUUACCCUCAAAAUUUCAAGAAGAAUGUAUCACAAGCACUAGUGAAUUUGAUGUGGUUUUAAGAUUGUGGUUCAUUUUUGGAGUUUUAUUGUUUGUAGAAAAGGUUCAUGAAUGUUUCAGUUUGUGUAUUGUCGUGUGUUCAAAAUCUGAAAUUGCAUUUAGCUGGUGA